CAAAAUUGACAUCGUAUUUGUCACGGCCUCAGCGGCGCCAGUCCACAUUCCGGCAGCAGAUCGAGGAGAAGGCGAUUCCCGAUGAGGGUCCGAGUCCUUCUUCUUGCAGGGUUGCUGCAUGCUACAUGUGCCCAAAUCAAAGUGACGCCUACUCUGACUCUCUUAGCAACACCUGCACCAACACCAAUGACAACAGUCACCCCGGAAUCGACGACCCCACGGCCAACUCCAAGCCCAACACCAAGCUCAACACCAAGCACGACGAAAACGGAUGAUGUCACGACUACUCUUUCCCCUACAACAACAGCGCCCGCCACCCCGGAGCCAGGCGACAUAACAACAAAGCCGCCGGUCAUUACCACAACGACUACAUCGACGAAACCCACAACUACCAACACACGCCCGACCACGACGCAUUCAACCUCAUCCACCGAAGCCCCAACCACCACGACGUCCACGCAACCCCCCACUCCAACGAUUAUAAUUGAGCCCAAAGUCGACACACCGAUCACGACGUACAUUGCUAUUGCAGGUGGAAGCGUGCUUGCCAUCGGCCUUCUGGCGUUACUAGUUGUGGUACUUCGUCGUCGUCAAGCCGCGGAAGAAGAUGAGGAGAAUAACCACCGCAACAUUACGCCACGGGAGUACUACUCGGAGCAAUCGAGCAAUCCGCACCAUAAUCACACUGGUGGGUCGGUGACAUCCCGCAAGCAUCUCGGAUCGGCUCAAGACACCACGUCGACGCCAAGCACCAUGCCCCAAUCCGUGGAUUACUUGGGUGCGUCGUCGCGGGUGUCCAAUCCCCGCUCCGGUAACAACGCGCAGCACUCUCGGUCUUCCAACUCGCAUACCGGCGGCCACCCCCUCGGUCAGUACUCGACGACUGGCGAGGUGAACGAAAUCGCUGGCUACGACAUCCGAUUCGACAAAUCCAUGUCCAAUUUCCGCGUCGCCAACGACGAAAUCAUCAUGGGCGACUUGGUCGCGUCCGGAGGAUUUGGCGUCAUCUACCGCGGUGUGUUUGCCGGCGAGGAAAUUGCGAUCAAGAAAUGUUUGCCCGACAAAGUCAACAACCACGCAGCGAUGGAGUCGUUUAUGCUCGAGAUCAAGCUCAUGUCGAAGCUAGACCAUCCCAAUAUCGUCCGCUUCGUCGGCGUCGCAUGGACGACGUUGGUGCAGCUCAAGAUGCUGACGGAGUACAUGCCCCGCGGCAACGUUCGCAUGCUCCUACAGGACGUCAAGAAGAACGGCCGGUCCCUGCCGUGGGUGGUUUCCAGUGCCACCCGCGACAUGCCGUCCAGGUUGCGCAUCGCGGCCAAUGUUGCCGAAGCCCUUGUCUACCUCCAUUUAAACGACCCGCCGAUCAUCCAUCGCGACCUCAAGAGCAGCAACGUUCUCUUGAGCGAAGACUUUGAAGCAAAACUCACGGAUUUUGGAACGAGUCGAGAACUGUCGGACGAGCAUACGAUGACGGCAGAGAUCGGAACGCUGGCGUGGAUUGCGCCAGAGAUCAUGCUUGGCGGUCACUACACCGAACGCGCCGACAUCUACUCGUUCGGAGUCAUCCUCAACGAAUUGGACCUGUGCGACCUUCCAUACUCGAACGUGACCGACGCCCGCGGUGCCGCGAUUAGCCACACCCGACUGGGUGUACUCGUCGCUCAAGGGAAAGUAGCACCUCAGUUUUCACCUCAGUGCCCGCCAUGGGUACAGCAAAUGGGAGGAGAAUGUCUCCGCUUCGAUCCGACCCAACGACCCACGGCCAUGCAAGUGGCAUACCGUCUGAGGCGCUCCAUCGCUGAUGCCAAGUAGUAGGGAGCGUCAUCGAUUUGUUAGAUAGAAAUACUGAAGCCCCUUCUCCUUGA